UGUCUGUCUAUCACCCCACUGCCACCAUGCUGACCUCAGGACUCCUCCUGGUGGCUGCAGUGGCCUUCCUCAGCGUCCUGGUUUUGAUGUCUGUCUGGAAGCAGAGAAAGCUCUCAGGAAAGCUGCCUCCAGGACCCACCCCACUGCCCUUCGUUGGGAACUUCCUUCAGCUGAACACAGAGCAAAUGUACAACUCUCUCAUGAAGAUCAGCCAACGUUAUGGUCCUGUAUUCACCAUCUAUCUGGGAUCUCGCCGAAUUGUGGUGCUGUGCGGACAGGAGACAGUCAAGGAAGCUCUGGUGGACCAAGCUGAGGAAUUCAGCGGGCGGGGCGAGCAGGCUACCUUCGACUGGCUUUUCAAAGGCUAUGGCAUAGCCUUCAGCAGCGGGGAGCGAGCCAAACAGCUAAGGCGCUUCUCCAUCACCACGCUGCGGGACUUCGGCGUGGGGAAGCGUGGCAUCGAGGAGCGCAUCCAAGAGGAGGCGGGCUUUCUCAUCGAUUCAUUUCGGAAGACGAACGGUGCUUUCAUUGACCCCACCUUCUACCUUAGCCGAACAGUCUCCAAUGUCAUUAGCUCAAUCGUCUUCGGGGACCGCUUUGACUAUGAGGACAAAGAGUUCCUGUCACUUCUUAGAAUGAUGCUGGGAAGCCUCCAGUUCACUGCUACCUCCAUGGGGCAGGUCUAUGAGAUGUUUUCUUCUGUGAUGAAACACCUGCCAGGGCCCCAGCAACAGGCCUUUAAGGAGCUGCAAGGCCUGGAGGACUUUAUAACCAAGAAAGUGGAACACAAUCAGCGCACGCUGGAUCCCAAUUCCCCAAGGGACUUCAUCGACUCCUUCCUCAUCCGAAUGCUGGAGGAGAAGAAGAACCCCAAUACUGAGUUCUACAUGAAGAACUUGGUGCUGACUACACUAAAUCUCUUCUUUGCUGGCACAGAGACCGUCAGCACCACCCUGCGCUAUGGCUUUCUGUUGCUCAUGAAGUACCCAGAUAUUGAGGCCAAGGUCCAUGAGGAGAUUGAUCGGGUGAUUGGCAGGAACCGGCAGCCCAAGUAUGAGGACCGAAUGAAGAUGCCCUAUACGGAGGCUGUAAUCCAUGAGAUCCAGAGAUUUGCAGACCUGAUCCCCAUGGGCCUGGCUCGAAGGGUCACCAAGGACACCAAGUUUCGAGAUUUCCUCCUCCCCAAGGGUACUGAAGUAUUUCCUAUGCUGGGCUCUGUGCUGAAAGACCCCAAGUUCUUCUCCAACCCCAAAGACUUCAACCCAAAGCACUUCCUAGAUGACAAGGGACAGUUUAAGAAGAGUGAUGCCUUUGUGCCCUUUUCCAUUGGAAAACGGUAUUGUUUCGGAGAAGGACUGGCUAGGAUGGAACUCUUCCUCUUCCUCACAAACAUCAUGCAGAACUUCCACUUCAAAUCCACACAGGAACCCCAGGACAUCGAUGUGUCUCCUAGACUCGUGGGCUUUGUCACGAUCCCACCAACCUACACUAUGAGUUUCUUGUCCCGUUGAUCCUGGGCUGCAUGAGGUUAAAGGGAAUGAUUGAGACCAGACAAGUCAGGGGUUGAAACUUAGAAAAGGUCAAAGGUACAGAAGAAACAGAGGACACUUCGUAGACUUGCAGAGGAUAUUUCAAAGGUAGCCAGAGAAGGGGGAAAUUAUACUAUGUUGUCAAUAGGAAUAAUAAAAUAAUAAAAGUAGAUAUUAUUUAUGGCA